AAUAGAACAAACAGUACACAGAGUUCUUUGAAGGAAAAAAGCCUGUUGCUCUGAGUUCAGAUGAACUGCUAUGUUGUCUGCAAUUGCUCAGAAGAGAACUUGUAUCACUGACAGGAGUGAACCUCAGACCUAAGAAACUAGCUGAGCUAGUUAAAGAAAGUACUGACAGACACCACGUGGAGGAAGACAGAUACUAACAGGCACUGAGUUGUCAUCAGGGAGCCAAAGAUCUGUGUGCAGGGAGAGUGGAGCACAGAUCCCAAUGCUAGCAGCUAUUACACUGUAUUGGUGUAUAUAUCCUUUGUUUAUGUUCAGUAGACAGUCCAGCCUGCUUUGUCUUUUUAGGCACCAACUUAUCUGUGACUACUGUUCUUUCAGCUUCGUUUGAGUAAUUCGGCACACGUUAGUAAAUAUGAGUAACUGGGGAAACUCUGGAGGUCUGUGGGUUUCCUUAGUCCUGGCUGCAGGUGUGUGGCUAGGGAUGGCUCAUUCCCAGGGAGCACAGAACAUUUCAGCCAUGAAGCAGGAAUUCAUCCAGGCUGUACUGCACACCUAUGGAGUGAAUGGACACCUCAGUGCCAGCAAUGUCACCAUGAUGCGGGACAGAUGUGAAAAUCCUCUGGAGUUGCAGACAAAUUUAAACAAGUGCCUUUCCAGUGAAGAAAUCUUGGCUAAUUAUGAAAACGAAAUUACAGAUACAAACUUUGGUGACGCUUGCCCUGCUCUCUUAUAUGUAACUGUUGGUCACCCAUGUACACAUGAAGCUGAAUCUAUCAUGAAGCCCAGUCCAUCACAAGUAUGGGGAUUUGGCUUCCUGACAGUAACAAUUAUUAAUCUGACGUCCCUGGUUGGUUUAUUUAUAACUCCUUUUGUAAAGAAGCCUUACUUUCCAAAAGUUUUAACUUAUUUUGUGGGUCUCGCCAUUGGAAGCUUGUUUUCCAACGCUAUAUUUCAACUUAUUCCAGAGGCAUUUGGAUUUGAUCCUAGACAUGAUAAUUACAUUACAAAAGCAGUGGCCAUAUUUGGUGGAUUCUACAUGCUAAUGUUUAUUGAGAGAAUACUGAAAAUGUCUCUGAACAUCUAUGGUGAAGGUGUCCACACCCACUUAGAAAUUGACAAGCAUCAUCAUCAUCAUCAAGAAAUUCACUCAGAACAUCAGAAAUGCAACACCAUAAAUGGAGCCACCAUGUUUGUGAAUUCGGCAGUCACAGAAGUAAAUGGCGCUGUCAGUCUAGAUCAAGUCAGUGUGGUUUCAUCAAAGGACUCAAAUGAAGGGGUCCUCUGCUGCAAAAUGAGAAAGUGGACACCACUGAGGGAUAUUGGGACAUUAGCGUGGAUGAUUACAAUCAGUGAUGCCAUGCAUAACCUUAUCGAUGGACUUGCUAUUGGGGCCUCCUUUACCCUUUCUCCUUUGCAAGGACUGAGUACAUCUAUUGCAAUUCUGUGUGAAGAGUUUCCCCAUGAAUUUGGUGAUUUUGCCAUCUUACUCAGUUCUGGAAUGAGUAUUCCCCAGGCUUUGUUCUUCAAUUUUGUUUCAGCUUGCUCAUGUUACAUCGGCCUGAUCAUUGGGAUUGUAGUCGGCAGCAACUUUGAACCCAGUUUUAUAUUUGGAAUAGCUGGAGGCAUGUUUCUAUAUAUAGGACUGGCAGAUAUGUUCCCAGAAAUGAAUGAAAUGCUCAAAGACAAAAUAAAAGGAAGGAAAACAGACAUGAUCUAUUUCGCGAUUCAGAAUGCUGGUUUACUCUCCGGAUUUACUAUCAUUCUUCUAAUAACCGUGUAUGCAGAGGAAAUCAAACUGUAAUAAUAUGGAUUCCUGUUAUAACCACAAUGAUCCAGGAUGCUACAAUACAAAGACAUCUUAAAUAUUACAUAGGCCCUAACAUUUUGGGCUAAAUGUAAUAGCCUGCGAGUUGUUGGAGGUGCGGGACUUUGAGAGUCUGCCUGAUUAUUAUUAUUAUUAUUAUUAUUAUUAUUUUUAUUAUUUUUUUUUUAAAGCGCCAAUCAUUUAUAAAGCAAAACCAGGUUGAUUUUGCUUUGGAAAUGAUUGGUUCUUUAAGAAAGUGGACAGACUUGUACAAAGUCCCACACCUCUGGCAACUUGCAGGCUAUUACAUUUCUAUCUUUAUUUCUUAAAAACUCAUGUAUUGAAUGAUUCUAUUUGUAUAAUGAAAAAGACUUUGAAAUCAGAUUCAAGGCAUGAAUAACUAACUGCUGCUAUUUUAAGAAUAGAAAUAUUUAUAUGUUUUUCUAUUGAAUGCCCCAGGCAUUACCUGUACAGUGUUAUAGUGAGCCAAAGGUGUUGUAAUAUGUUAUACAUAUAUACUACUGCCAGCUACUGCCUCAUCAUUCCAUAUAAUUCCAUAUCAAAUAAUGAGCUCACAUCCAAAUCACAAUGAUAUAUAUAUAUAAUAUAUAGUCUAUAGAUCUACACUGAAGAGGUCUAUAGUCAAUAGGUCGACCUAAUGCAUGUCGAUCAUUCAUGAUCGACCUAUUGACUGUAGACUUUUUAAUCUAGCUCUAAUAAUCCACACACAUAUUUUAUAUAUAUAUAUAUAUAUAUAUAUAUAUAUAUAAAUGUAUUUUUAAAAAAUGCUGUUUGUAGCUAGGAUCUUUUGAUGAAUGCUUUUAUUUUUGUAUCUUUUAUUACAUGUUUUGUUUGUCCAAUACUAUUUUUGCUGGUUGCACUUGAAUGAGACAAAAAUAGUGAAGGAAACAAAAAAAUACCACUGGGCCUGAUUCAGUGGUGGACCCAGUGCCGAUAUUUGCGCAUUUUAGAAUUUUUUUUCGUACUGUGCAUUCCUCGCUAUUAAUUACUGCUGGUUGGUUCAGUGAGAAUUUGAAGGCAGAGUGAUUGACAGUCAGUGUAUUAAUUAUGGGAGUUAACGGUGGGGGAAGUAGGGGGGUGUCAAACACAUGCGUGUCGCAAACGUUUGGCUAGUGACGGACAUUCUGAGCAACCACAGCUGUGGAUUAGAAACGAUGCUGGUGGGAUUCUCUGUACAAAUUCCAGCGCAUGUGGCAUUACCGUAUUUUCACAGUACCAUAUAGACGCAGUUGUGAUGGGAUUUACGUCCUCUGAAUCAGGCCCACUGUCUCUAUGCAUAAUAAUGAAAAGCUGAUUCUGUAUUAAGAGCAUAUUUUCGAAAUAUGAAAAACCCA